UGGUCGCUGCAAUGGUACCUCUUCCAUAGUCAGACUCGGGCGACUGGGGCCCAGCGUAAUCCAAGAAAUCACCGAUAAGUUUGAUGAAGGGAGAAACAGCUUCGGCUUCGGUCCGGUGGCUGUGCAGAUUACGCAAUCACUUUCUACCCCUCUCGACCAAAAAGAGAUAUUUCCCCUAUACUCCUACAAAAUGGGUCUCCCCCUCAGAGCUACCCUAUUAUUCCUCUUAACUCUUGACGUUCACAAUGUCUACCACCGUUGACCUCAAACAAUUCGUCGACAUAUCCAACAACCAACGUCAUCGUCUUUGUGACUAUGUCGUCGACUGUGUAGUUGAUGCGGUUGAUUUCGCGACAGGAUGUCCACCAGCUUACUGCUGCCCUCCAUCCAAUCAACCUGAAUAUGCUCUUCUCAGGAAGUUUGUUAUCCUCCUCGUCACACUGUCGCACCCUUCGGUCUACACAAUUGCAGUUGCCUUGGUCUAUAUUGACCGUUUGAUACUCACGGAGCGCCUCGUCUUUGAUAAUGCAACCCGUGAGCGCCUAGUUUUAGGAGCCCUUAUGUUGGCUAGUAAACACCAGAGUGACGUUCCUCUUGAAGAUGAGGACUGGACUGAUUUCAGUCUGCCCUUCAGCCGAAAGGAGAUUAACCAAAUGGAACUCGAUUUUCUUGAUGCUUUGGAAUACGACCUACAAGUCUCGGAUGAUGAACUGCUGGAGCACUCACUUCCAAUUGUCGAGAUCCUCUCCUCCCUCCGAACACUGUGGUAUUGUCCAAACCACAGCCCUUCACGCCCAAUGAACACACAGUAUUAUCCCACACACCACUACGCGGCGUCCAGUGGUAGCUCGCUAACGUUGGUGGAAUCAGAGGGUAGCAGCUCCGUUGGCAAAACUCUUGCCACAUUUCGGCAGAGGGGCUUGUGUGCUUUGCGGAGCUGGUUGCGACGCACUCUUGCUUUUGAAGAUUAGGCGGGUCGAUUUUGAUGAUCGUGAGGGGUAAAUAAC